GAAGACAUGCAGCUGUGAGCAGCACACGGGCAAACAGUCAGCCCCUUCUGAACAUCCACGUCAAUUCCUCCUGCAGCUCCUCCCCUUCAAACCCUGCUUCAUCCUACUUCCUCCACCUCUUCACCUCUGCCUCCCUCCUCCUGCACGUUGCUCAGUGCUCCGAUGCAGAGUGAGGCUUCCAGCAUUGUGGGAAUUUCUCCUAACAUUGGCUUGUGUUUGAAUCUGCGUGGUGGUGGUGGUGGUGGUGGUGGUGGUGGAGGAUGUCAGUGCAGGCUGCCUUUUUUUCUUCAUCAAGCAUAAGCCUGCUAGACGACAAGUCAUUCAACCUGUGCCAUAUUGAGGAUCAAGGGCACUUUACUCCAUUUUCCCUCAAAGUUUGCAGGAAGAGUUGAAAACUUCAAGGUUUGGUGCUUCUCUUGGAUUUCUCAGAAAAUGCAAAGCUUCUUCUGUGAGAAAGAAAAAAAAAGCGUCGACAAUGUCCUCACUUGAUUAUCACCGAGGAUGACGUUUCCAGUAAUCCGCCUUCUGUGAAAAUGGUCUGAACAUCACCACCGAAGCACCGAAGCAGCUCGGUCACAUGGACACUGACACUGAACAGCUGCUGCCUUUACCAUAUUGUCUGAGAAAAGAAGCUGGACCCAUUUAGGAGCUACAGCAGACCACAAGACGAUGCUGAAUAACUUGUUUGCAUCAAAGUGCCAAGUACUUAGCAACUGGUGAGGAUGAGAGUCGGUGCCAUGACCUACCUGUAUUUGACAAGUGUGUUUUUCACCUCAUUGGAGAGAGGAGCACAGAGGAAAAAAAGUCAGCGGGAGGAAGCAGGGGAGGGGAAGAGCGAGUCAGCGAGGGAAGGUGUGAAGCUGUGAGAGCGAGGGGAAAGACGCACAAAGCCCAGAGAUACAAGGAGAAGAAACUGACAGAAGUCUGCCACACUGAAGGGAGACUAAAGGGAAAACAGUGGAUCAAAGACCUGGCUGAACAUCCAUUUAAAUCAGGAGGGUCGUGUUUUGUCAGAGCCAUACAGGGAGAACUGCUGAUCAUUCUACACAGAGGCAGACAGUGGGAUUCUUCACACUCACCCGACAUCAACUAACACAGCAUCAUGGAGAACAGCAGCUUUGGCAACUUGUCACACGUCCAUGCUGCUCCUCACAGCCUGUGGGAGGCCAUAACCAUCGCUACUGUGUCAGCCAUCGUCAGUUUAAUAACAAUAGUUGGGAACGUGCUGGUAAUGCUGUCUUUCAAGGUCAACAGCCAGCUGAAGACUGUGAACAACUACUACCUCCUGAGUUUGGCGUUCGCUGACCUCAUCAUAGGAGUGCUGUCCAUGAACCUGUACACCACAUACAUACUGAUGGGCUACUGGUCCUUAGGGAACCUGGCGUGUGACCUCUGGCUUGCGGUGGAUUACGUAGCCAGCAAUGCUUCAGUUAUGAACUUGCUUGUCAUCAGUUUCGACAGGUACUUCUCCAUCACGAGGCCACUGACCUACAGGGCAAAGAGGACUCCAAAGAGAGCUGCCAUCAUGAUAGGCCUCGCAUGGCUGGUGUCUUUUGUCCUCUGGGCGCCGCCCAUUCUGUGCUGGCAGUACUUUGUAGGGGAGAGAAAAGUUCCUGCAGACCAGUGCCAAAUCCAGUUUUUAACUGAGCCUGUGAUCACAUUUGGGACGGCUAUUGCUGCUUUCUACAUCCCCGUCUCUGUAAUGACGAUCCUGUACUGUAGGAUCUAUAAGGAGACACAAAAACGGACCAAAGAUCUGGCUGAGCUGCAAGGGCUCGCAACAGAAAAUAUUCCAGAGGGGACGAAACCCCAGAAGACUGUUAUUCACUCUUGCUUUCACUUCACCAGAGAGAGGAGAGAUCGGAGUCAGGCCUCCUGGUCCUCAUCGAACCAAAGCAACGCCACAAAGACAACCACAAGGUCAGACGAGGCGUGGGUGAAAGCGGACCAGAUCACGUCCUUCAACAGCUACACCUCAUCUGAAGAGGAGGAACAUCACGUUUCGUUAGAAACCCCACAAGGCUCCUUCAAGGAGCAGAGCAGUGGGCAAAGCAAGAAUGGACAGGCGACAGGUGAUUUUACAGAAGACCAGUAUUUUUCCUCUCCUCAAAAGAAGGCCAGUAAAAAGUUAAUUUCUUAUAAGUUCAAACCUGGUUCAAAGGGGAAAAAUGGCAACCCUGUAUCCGCAGCUCCCUGCCCACCACACACAGAGCAGCCUGCCAAGAACGCCUCGCCGUCCGCCUCCUCCAUCACCUCCAAACCCAUAGACCCCACCUUAAAGAGCCAGAUCACCAAGAGGAAGAGGAUGGUGCUGGUGAAGGAGAAGAAGGCAGCCCAGACUCUCAGCGCCAUCCUCCUGGCCUUCAUCCUCACAUGGACGCCGUACAACAUCAUGGUGCUCAUCUCCACUUUCUGCACCAAGUGCAUCCCGACAUCGCUGUGGCACCUGGGCUACUGGCUGUGCUACGUCAACAGCACCAUCAACCCCAUGUGCUACGCCCUCUGCAACAAAACCUUCCAGAAGACCUUCCGGAUGCUUCUGCUGUGCCAGUGGAGGAGGAGGAGGAGAGGUGAAGACAAGCUGUACUGGUGUGGACAAAACCAAAAUGUUAACAAUAAAAUGACUUGAUGCGGUUUCCGACACAUUUCCUUCGACCUUUGCCAACGUGUGGAUUCUACUUGACGUCCCACUGCAGUUGGUGGUCGUCUCCAGCAUGACGUGCUGCAUGUGAUUUCUGUGUUUUCUGUGUUCUGUACACGUUGGUGGAAAAUGUUCUGAGCCUGAUGCAGCACUUGAAAUGCCCGAUGAAGGUUCUUGAAGUAAGUUUUAAAGGACAAGUUCAGAUUUUAUUUUUAACCAGGUUUGGAAAGUAGCCAUGAAACUUUUUCUUUGACACAUUUCCUCACACGAUGUCACUUCAGUCAGCCUCGGUUAGGCUGACGACGAAAAGGACACAAACAGAGACUAUACACUCACUGGUCACUUUAUUAGGUACACCUAUUCAAGUGCUCGUUGAUGCAAUUAUCUAAUCAACCGGUCACAUGGCAGCAACUUACUUAAUGCACAAAGACAUAAUGAAGUUUAAACUAGGAGUGCAUGACAGUGGACCACAUAUCAAGCGUGCUUGGGCCGAUAACUGAUAUGUACGUUAUUUUCUGAGCUUGACUGCAAAAAUGUACAAUAUUUGUCAUACUCAUAAUGCAGCAGAUGUAGAUAUACAUUUUGUCACUGUGGAAAAUAAUAUAACAUAAAAGAUAAACCUUGUGGAGGGCGCAACCGUGGAAGUCAUUAGUCAUAUGGGGGGAUCUUGGUGUGUUGGGAUAAUAUCAUCAACCCUAGUUUACACCAAGCAUCAAUAAGGGGAAGAAAGGUGAUUUGAAUUAUUUUAGAUGCACCAAAAUCUACUGGGAUUUUCACACAUAACCAUCUUUAGGGUUUACAGAGCAUGGUCAGAAAAAGAGAAAAUAUCCAGUGUACAGCACUCCUUGCAAAAACACUAUUCUAAUAUUUGAAUUAUUCUAAACUUGAGAGCCAGUGAAAGUAAUGCAGGGUUCAAGAUGAAUUUAAGACACCUUGUAAUGAAGUUAUUUUAAUAACCACCCUCCAUAACAAAGGUAUGCACAGCAUGUAGGACCUUGAUACAGAUGGGCUACAGCGGCAGGUGACCACACAGAGUGCCACUUAAUUAAGUGUUCUGUGUACCUAAUAAAGCGGCCGGUGAGUGUAUCUUAGUUAGGACAUGAGGUGAGCAGACAUCUGUAGCCGCUGCUCCGCCUCAAGUUUGAGGGAUUAUUCACUUUGUUUUGUAAACAACAUAUGUUGAGUAAAUUGUGACUAAAAUCUUUGAACUUGUUCACCUCUUUUUUCCCCCCACUGCUCACUUGCACUGUAUAUAAAGGGCAUAAUGUAAUCUUACAUAUUUAAAAAAAAAAAAGGAGAAAUAUUUAUAUUAUACAGAGCCAAUGUCACUGGCUGUGUUCACAGAUGAUACAUGUAAAUUAUUACAUAUACAGUAUAUAAACAGUAUAUAUGUAUGUGGUCAAGUGAAUUUUUGUUUGUUUGUUUCUUGGCAAUUUCUAUGAGAUAAUUGAUUUGUGUUAAAGGGCUAAUCUGUGCAUUAGUUUCAGUGUUAAUAUGACAUGCGGGAGUGUAUAUGGAUGGCAACUUUACUCUUGUCGAUGUUACUGUAAGACAAAAAAAAACCUUUGUAGAAGCUACCACUGUGUCCCCUGCUGGAUGAGUGAUGUUGUACUUUUGUGUAGCUUGAUGAUGUGACGCCACGCUCGGAGGCAACUAAUUUGUGCUCACUGUACGUCUGUGAAGUUCUGU